AUGAAUUUUUUAACAGUACUGGCGAGUUUCGUCAUAACUGCAGCUUCUCUCAUAUUAGCCAUCUUCGCAUGUUUUGGGUCGACCCAGAACUCUACACCUUUGAAUCAAAUCUACGUGGCACAAAUCGAUAUCUCAAAUAUCAGUUUUAGUACUGUACUUGGAGCAGAUUUGCCUCAGUCAACCGUGAUCUCUUUGGAUGCACUAGGUGUCCCAUCCUAUUUCAACCUUGGUGUAUGGUCAUACUGUUUGGCUAACUCUGAAAAGCAAAUCACAUCAUGUACCAAGCCAGCCGGUAUCGAGCAAUUCGACCUCGAGAAAUUGUUGAAGGAUAACGUUGAAAAUAAUCAGGUCACUGAACUUAUCGAUCAAGUGAUUUCCUUGGCUUUACCUGAUGAGUUAGACGACAAGAUGUCAUAUUAUAACGCUUUGAUCAAAUGUAUGUCUAUUACGUUGGUUAUCGGUAUCGCUUUAUUGGGGUUGAAUAUCAUCGUCAACAUAUUACGCUGGAUCCUACAUUUCACUUUUGUCAAUGUAAUAGGAAGAAUAUUGUCCAUCUUGAGUUUCAUAUCGUUGGGUAUCUCUGCGGGUACAGCUACAGCUACUUACGUGGUUAUUAAGAAUAUCUUGAGCGAUAAUUACUCACAAUACGGUAUCAAACUGAGUCUCGGAAGGAAUUUCUACGCGUUACUUUGGGCAAGUGUUGCUGGAUGUUUAAUAAACUUUAUCCUAUGGAUUUUGACUAGACAACGAAGAAAGGCUCAAGUCAUAAUGCAACCUGUCCCAACUGAAAAGUUCUAG